CAUUCAACCAACGCCAUCAGCUGCGUUGUUAAUGAAUCACGUAUACCUCCAAUCGAUGAGAUGGACUGUUUUUUCACAGAUAGAGUUCGGACCGAUAUCUACUUGCUGUCCGUGUCGAAGACGGUUAUGAUAAUGGCAUGUUACCCUAUCAGCUACGUGAGUGAACUUUUACGCUCGGCUGCGCGUUGUAGGACGCGUUGUUGGUUCAUGGACGAUCUGUGUUCUCCGCUGCUGGAACGACUGUGAGAUUCUAUGGUUAAUCGACGCAGCUUGCUGAAAAGAUCUUCGGAAAACCGCGUGCUCACCCGGAAUUAUUCUGACAUGGCAAUUGUCAACUGGAAGCAACCAGCUCGAGUACACUUGGGAUCGUCAGCUAUACACCCCGCUGGCUACACAUCUGGACACCUGAAGAAUAUAGCCACAACACACAGGGAUAUAUGGACGGGUCCUGUUCUUGUCAUGGGCCAAGAUAAGUAGUAUUUGUAUUUCCAGACCGUUGCCGCUGUACAUGGGAACCCAAGGAAGAGCAGCAGGAUGCAGACGCUGGAGAUGGUCACGGAGAUUCAGAAUGGGGCGUUCC